AUGGCUACCAACGGCAGCUUCGCUCAGCAGGACCAGCACAAGGUCGCUGCUGACCAGAUCACCUCCUCAAACGACAACAGCAACCUGGCCAAAGACGAGGUUGGCUGGUACUUCGUCGAACAGUACUACACAACUCUGAGCAAGUCUCCUGAGAAGCUUCACCUCUUCUACAGCAAGCGAUCCCAGUUGGUUUGUGGCAAGGAGGCCGAGGUUUCCAACGUCUCUGUUGGUCGUCAGGCUAUUCAAGAGCGUCUCAAGUCCCUCGAUUUCCAGGACUGCAAGGUUCGCGUCUCCAACGUCGAUUCCCAGGCUUCCGACGAGAGCAUUGUCAUCCAGGUCAUUGGCGAGACCUCCAACAAGGGUGCCGAGCCCAGAAAGUUUGUCCAAACUUUUGUCCUCGCCCAGCAGCCCUCUGGAUAUUUCGUUCUCAACGACAUGCUGCGAUACAUUGACGAGCAAGAUGAGCCGGAGACUCAGGAGGCUGAGGAGCAACCCGCCCCUCCCGCCGCCGAGGCUCCCGAGACGGCUCCCGAACCUGUCGUCGAGGCUGCCCCUGUUGAGCAGAAGCUCAUCUCCGAGGUCGCUGAAAAGGCCCCUAUCAAUGGCCAGCAUACCGAGGCCGAGCCCGUUGUCGAGGCUCCUGCUGCCCCCGCCGUUGAACCUGUUGUGGAGCAGGUCGCCGAGGAAGUGAUCAAGGAGGAGGAGAAGCCCAAGGAGCCAGCCCCGACCCCGGCCAAGGUUGAAACUCCUGCGCCUGAGCCUACUGGCCCUCCUAAGCCCAUGACUUGGGCCAGCCGUGCUGCCGCUGCUGCCGCUGCUGCAGGACCCCGUCCCGUCGUCCCUCUGCCCAAGACCGCAACGCCUCCCGCCACCACCCAGAGCCGAGCUCCCGCUCCUGCUGCUGCUCCUGCUGCUGCUCCCGCGCCUGCUCCUGCUGCUGCUGCUACCCCGGCUCCUGCAGUCGCUGCUCCUGCCCCCGCUGCUCCUGCCCCCGCUGAGGCCGCUCCCAAGGAGACCUCCGGCUGGCAGACAGCUGGCGCCGACUCGAAGCGCCAGCACCGACCCCAGGCCACUGCUACCGGAGGUGAGAAGGAGGGCACUAUGGGCUAUGUCAAGUAUGUGACGGAUAAGGUUCUCGAUGCUGACCUUCGUGCCGCCUUGACUGCUCACGGCGAGCUGACCUACUUUGACAUCAAUCGCCAGAAGAAUUGUGCAUUUGUCGAAUACAAGACGCUUGAGGGAUACCAUGCUGCUGUUUCCAGCAACCCCCACGUUGUGAAUGGCGAGAACAUCGUCGUUGAGCCUCGUCGCCCCAAGGCCCCCGGCCACAAUGGUGGUGCCAGCUUCGGCGCCGGUCGCGGCAAUGGCGCCCCUCGUGGACGCGGUGGCUAUGAAGGUCACCGCAACAGCCAAGGCACUCGUGGCAAUUUCGGCCAGAACCGUGGCCGUGGCGGCGCUGCUCGAGGUCGUGGCGGCGCCCAGGUCGCCAGCAAUGCCUAA